AUGGGGCAGGUGACGAGCCGCUGCAUGGAAAGACUGCCGAAGAUUUGUCAGAGGAAAGAAACGGGAAACGUCGCAGAUGCUCAAGCGUUUCAGUGCAGAUCCGCGGAGGGUGAAAUCACCGUGGAGAGAGGGAAGUCAAAUUCAACUAAUUCAGCAGUUCUAGCCAGAGAUGAGGAUGACAUAACAGAGACGACACCGUUCCCCAUCGACCGACUAAAGGUACCUUUGACACGACGAUCAGACGGAUCUUCCGGGCCUUGCGGGUCAAGCGGCGCAACAUCGUCAACCUCGAAACAGUUGCCCGACCUAGCCCGAAUAGAGGUCACUUCCGGUCGUUUCGUUUACAACUUGGACCUUCAUGGCAAGUCGGCGAAAGGACAGAACCUCAGGAGCUACUUCGAGGCUUGCAGUGAACACCGAAAGCUGCAGGUGACGACAUCUUGUUUUGCUGCUUGGCGCAAGAACAAGAAAGUCAAUGGCUUUGCCAAGAUCAUCCCGGUCGCCAAGGAAGGGAGUUGGUCACAGCUAGCAGACGUAGAUGACACCAGACCUUGUCGGGUGUUCUUCUUCGAUGACAAUCUGGAAUUUGGUGGAAAGGAAACCAGUCCUGGCAUCUGCAACCUCAGAGACAUGGCAACAGGCCAUUUCGUGGAGUUUGCAGAGGGGCAGAAUGACUUCGAUCAAGAGCGCUUCGCGAGACAUACAAUUGUGCAGCACAGCAAGUUGUGGCGAACAGUCCUCGUCAAAGCCAACAUCUUAGAUGCCAUGGAAGACAAGGAGUACUUUGCCAAGCUCAUAGCGAAAUUUUCGGAGCCAUCUGACCGUUUGGUGGUUUUCAUGGAUGUCAAUGCGACUAUAGUAUGCAAUGACACCGUGCAGGGCAAGGGCCUGGCAGCCACCCUGCUGGGCACGAUGUUCGAACUUAUGGAACUCAGACCCAAUCCUCCAGGUUUCACAUUGAAGUGGGCAGGUCUCAACGAGAUUCGGGUGGAAAAAACCCAGACGCUCAAGGCACUUCUCAAAACCAUGACCGCAGACGACCACGAGGCAUACACCAAGUUCUGGCAAGAGGAUAAUUGCUGGUCUUUCCUGUCUCACGUUUUGCAGCAUGGAGAAGUCCGAUGGGUCACCGGUACCGAACCCAUGACGCUCGACGCGACCAAGAGCCUUUUCAGUUCCUACAUGCGCACAGUUCCUUCCGCAUUGGACAAGGAUGGCAUCACAAAUAGCUGGUUUCAUGUGUAUGCGAGCACACUGAAAGACAGGCAUUCGACCAUUUUGAACUCUUUUGGUGUGGACACCAGAAAAGUGACGCUAGCCACGGUCAGUGACGAGACGGAUGUGCUCCACAUCGCGAUUAACCAUGACAUGUGGGAUGAGAGAGAUGUUAAAAAGUACUCUGACCAAUUUCAGUAG